UAUGACUUGUGUUCGUAAUUCACCAGUAUACAGGCUCAACUAGUACUAAUAGUUACAUACACAGCCAUCUCAGGUGCUUUUACACAAGUGCAGACAACUGGACCAUAUUCAGCGGCGAGAAAACCAUUAUGAUUCUCGAGGACGGAACUGGGAGAGCAUAUCGCUUCUCCUUCGACAUCGGACUGGACGAAGAAGGCGACGGCAAAUACAGAACCAGAAAUGACCCUAUCACGCCAGCACAGCGUUCGAAUAUCACUGAGCGCAGAGGGGCGAUCGACAUCCGGUGUCACGGAGUUGACGUAAUUCAUGGCUUCAUGCAAAAAGGCGAAGAUCGAGCCACCCUCGUUGUCUAUGAAUUUAGCUUUGAUUCACGAAAACAUGGGCGUCGGGUCGAGAGAGCGCAAAUCGAGUUCUUGUUCUCCUCUCUGGGCAGGGGUAAAGACCCUGAAGUUGUCAAGAUCGCCCACAGAGGAAGGGCCAUCCUGUGUCCAACAACACAGGAUGAACAGAUAUCUGCUCAUUUUGACCUAAAUAUCCCUAUCGGCCACUCGGGAUAUUUGGGCUCCGGGCGAGACGUGAGGGUCUCUCGUACCACCACUGACGCUACCAUCGUGGUUGGGAGUGUUGACUUGGUGAAACGGCCCUAUGGGCCUCCCAAUGGGGCAUCGUGGACCCUCAUGGAAAACGCUUCACAAAGAACCGGCAUUCCCAAUUUCUUCCGAACCGCUGUACUACUUCUUCGACGCUUUGACGACGAAUUAUUCCGCAGUGCUUUUCGAAUUAAGGCCAAAGUUGACUUCAAAACCUCCAUCAAGCAUCUGCUUGGUGGGAAGCCAGAGGACGAUCCGAUCAUAUACGACCCAUCCAUCCGGCCUAGCAAUCAUCUUUGCAGCUUCGACAGCGCAAAUCUGGAAUUGGUCAAUUUGGAUGAGCUUGGAGCGAUCCAACUCCACCAGGAUGAUCUGUUGCCGUCAAGCAGGAUCUUGACUGGGACAACUCUCCAGUCUUCGUAGCCUGCCCGUACAUGCAGCUGCGAUAGUCAAUCAUGGUCGAGACUUGCUGUCAUUCGUCAGAGGAACAAAGUUGCUGGAUUGCAUCCUGCGCCUUGUCGCACUGUUAUAAGGUGUGAGUGUGGUUGUCGCACUACAUGAAAGAUGCAUAUUCCACCUGGCCAGUGGGGCUAAAAAGAAUCCCGAGGCCGCCUUAGUUGCCUGCUCUGAGGUCUAGACCUCAAUAGUUUUGGCGAAGGCGGGAUGAUACAGCCGCAAUGUACCGACACCCAAGUUUCCAAGCCGCUCUUAUACGAUUUUACCUGGCGGUACACCCAUCACUUUCGCACAUGUCUCGAUUUGCCUACCCGAAACUUCGCCCAUUUUCUACAGUUUUCCCGCUCCUUCAAUUCCCUGUUCGUUGAUGGUUUGCCUUGCCCUUGUGAUUCAUUCUACUUUGAUUGCGUGACUGCUUAAACUAGGUUAGAUGCGAGAGUCCGUCAUCUACGAACCAGUUCGUAUCUCAUAUCUAUCGUGUUAUCCUUCUACACACUCAUCUUGUACCCAAGUACUAGCUUAUUUACCAAGACUUAUCCCUUUCCAUGCGUCUUUUGCUAGUUCAUUCCUACCAAUCUGGUCCAAGAAAGCUGUUUCCUGAAGUAAAAAUCUUCCAUACUGUAUUUCACUGAGCAAUGGGGCAUUUAACGGACGAUCGAUCUCUCCGUCCCGGGCCAGGCAAUCGGCGAGGGUCGCGGCGAGAGUCCAAGCCAGUCAACAUGGACGCUCAGAUUACCGAGGAUAUUGGAAUUGAAACUGUGCCCAUCAUUGCCAUCGACCCAGAAGCCCAACAGGAAUCGGUGCCGGUAAGACAACGGAGAGCCAGCAGCUUGGUCAAUGUGGAAGGCUUCAGCGUUUCCCCACUCAUUUCCCCCUACCCAUACGGAGGCUUUGGGCAAGCAACGACCUCGAAUGAUCACCAACGGGCGGGCCUAACGGUGAUCAUACCGCAAGCCGAGACAGACUUCUUUGGGACCAAUCCAUCAUCAAAGUUUCUCCAAGAAUUCGACAUCAUCGUUAUUCAUGGCCUGCAUGGCAAUAGGCAAAGCCCAUGGAUCAACCCAGGUGCCGGCUCCAGUGACUGGAUUCCAAAGUCUGGACAGGCUGCUCAUCAAAGGGCGAUGGUCUUUGGCUACGACCCACAACAAAUACUCGCAGGCAGCCAAAGUCGAAGAGCCAUUCGAAGUGUUGCUAAGCAGUUGCUAGACGAGCUUCAACUUGAGCGACGAUCCGGUGGAAAGGCUUCAGAGCUGCAGCAGAAGCGACCGGUCCUAUUUGUUGCUCAUGAUAUUGGUGCAACAAUCCUGAAAGAUGCAUUGACAUUUGCGGGGCUUGAACCCAGGCUCUAUGGCGAAAUAUUUGACUACACUCGCGUUCUGAUCUUUUACGGGUGCCCACAUCGGAGUAUCAACAAGAUGGAUAUGGAAAACCGAAUUAUAAGGUUUGCCUUUAACCAUGACGGUGGGAAGUUGCAGGAUGGUGCUGCCAUAACAUCUCUUCGGGGCUUUGCAGACGCAGUCAUUGAGAUCAACAACGCCUUUGUCGAAUCAAAGCAUUCUUUCAGAUCAUAUGUCUUCAGCAUACACGCCGGACUCGGGGCAGAAGGUGAUGUCAACCAAGUGUUUGAUAGUUUCGUUGGCACUAUGGGGGUCGCCUUUGAAACACGAGUAUGCGCAUCUGGUGAGGAGGGCGACGCUAGCUACAUUGAGCAGCGUAUGGCUCAGUGUCAAGAUCAAAUUGUUCCAAACCCCGGGAACCUUGAGCACGAACGCGUUCUCUUGUCACUUGCCUCCUUCAUCCCCAACCUGAGCACCGGGCCAGGCCCAUAUCAUCCUUUCACUUGGAUUCCUGGAAAUGCCACGUAUAGGGAUUGGCUCAAUCAGAGGAAUCCGCAGAUACUAUACAUUUACGGACAUGAGGGUGUCCGCCAAGCUUCGGAAUACAUCUUCUAUCAUGUUGACGACAACAUCCGCCGGGGAUCAAACGGGGAGGUGGUGCUGUACUACAGCUUCCGCCGCUCAGAUGUGCGAAACAACGCCAUAAAGCACAUGUUGGCCACGUUUUUGGCGCAGCUAAUUUGUCACUUUCCUACACUUUCGGAGAUUGUCCAUGCUCAGUUUGAGAGACUGUUACAGGAUCGAGGGUGGAAUGACUACGACUUGUUGAAUUGGUUUGAAUACUAUCGACUGCGCGGAGAGAUCGAGGGCGUGUCAUGCAUCAUUCACCGUUUCGAAGAGUGUGAUCAAGAGUCCCGACAAGCCUUCCUAAACCUUUUCACCCAGGCUUCGCGUACGCAGGAACGGCCCUGGAGGUUGUGCAUUACUUCUAGGGCACCGAGAACUUUGCAAGACGAGCUCAAAGACUGGCCUUUCCUGGAUCUUGACCAGGCCAGAUUGCAGUCCCCAAGAUCUACAGUCCCGGGAGAUAUGGCCAUCAAACUAGAAGUUGCCGAGCUGCUGUCGCACAAGCCCGAACUGCGCGGUCUUGACCUCGAUUUGUAUCAAGAACUGUCGAAAAUUGUUGGCGUGGAGGCGGAUGUACACCGACUAAUUGUUAGCUAUGUGAGCAACGAUGAGCAAUGGCCAGCGAUUGCUUCAGUUCAAUCCAUUUUGGGCCCAGUCGUUGGAGUUUCAAUCGAGGAUAUAGUGGAGCGCAUCCUGCUCCGCGUCCCAGAGCCUGAACUUGGAUUCGCAGCACUGCGUUGGCUUCUUUAUGCUCAAACAGCACUCACAAAAUGGGAACUUGGAGCUGCCCUCAUGAUUGGGUCUGAUCAAGAUGAUGGGGAGUCCAUAGCGCCGCCGCCAUUUCGACAUGUCGAUAAUCUUCAGGCAAAAAUACUCAAGUGGUUUGCUGGCAUAAUAUGCUUAGAGCAACACGAGCUCUGCAUUGUGUCUCCGCGACUGCGCAGUAUAUUGUACAAGCCUCUAGCCUCAGCGACUAAUGGAAACCUCCUGGUAUGGGAGGUCACAAAAAGAAAUGCAAACUCGGACAUUACCAAGGCAUGCCUCAACUACCUUAUAAGACGCCAGGUGAGAAAGCUGAUAGAGGACAAAUAUGGCGAUUCUACAUACGGAGCUGUGACCACUCCCUUGACAUACAGUCGAUACGAUCUCCGCGGAUACGCCAUCAAAUACUGGGCCAAGCACUAUGCUCAGCUCAACGCGGAUGAUCGACCCCAAAUUUUAGGGGUAAGAUCACUUUUGAAACAGAUGAUUGAGUCUGGGGCAGCUGCCACGUGGGCCAAAGGAUACUGGGCUCUUUCGAGUCCGGUAUUGAGGAGUGGCCAGUCCUUCAAGUCGCUUUACCCUCUCUUGGCCGGCCUCGGACUGUCACACUCUGCUGAGCCUUGGCGACAGGGUGAGGAGGACUUUGCCAAUGGCUUGUCUGAAGCAUGCCUAAACGAAAAUCUCGAUACGGCUCGUUUGCUUCUGCAACUGUCUACACCACGAACCUCGACAGUCAAAGAAGCUCUACAUGCGGCAGGGUCCGCUGGACAUCGCAAAAUUUGGCUUGAGUUGAUCCAACACAUUAUCUCAAACUAUCCCAACUUCCCAUGGUCAUCUAUGGUCUCGAAUCUGACUCGAGCUGCUUGGCUGGGGUACAGUGAUGUUGUCCUUGGUCUUCUUGGUGCAGGAUGCGAGGUAGAGGAUAGCCAGUUAGGCCUGGCGAGCACACCUCUGCUACGAGCUGCCAGGGGCGGGCACUUUGAUGUUGUUGAUGCACUACUUGAGCACAGAGCAAGCACAAAACACAGGAACGGCUUUGGCCAAACAGCUCUCCACAUAGCCGCAAUGGCUGGGCAUGCUGAUGUGUGCCGUUUGUUGGUGGUCAAGGGGGGUAUGGACAUCAACGAGAGAGACAGUCGGCAAAGUCUGUCACCUGUGUAUUAUGCCACUCUCUGGGGGAACUGGAGAGUGGUCGAGGUCUUGCUCGAACUGGGUGCAGAUCCAAAUCUCGGCGACGGUAACGGGAAUGACCGUGGCUGGACCCCUCUGGCCGUGGCUGCUCAAGAGGGCAAUUUUCGCUGUGUGCAGGCCCUGCUAAAGGCAAAGGCUGAUUCCAAUAUUCUUGGCCCAACCGGCACGCCUCUUAAAUACGCAGUCAGUCGCGGCUCUGCAGAAAUCUGCAACUUACUAAUAGCCCAUGGGGCAACUCCUUACCACGCCGAACUGCAGCCCCCAAUCCUCAUUCAAGCUGUCAGUGCGCCAGGUCUGACCAACAGACUGGACAUCAUCAAAAUUCUUGUUGAGAACGGCGCCAUCAUUGAUGCGGCGACUACAGAUACAGGAGUGACAGCUCUUUCUUUGGCAUGCUGGCUUGAUGCGCCAGACAUGCUCUCUGUUGUGUCCUACCUGGCUGGACGAGGUGCCAAUGUCAACCAUGAAGCUUAUGAUGGUAUGACUCCACUACAUUAUGCGGCUAGGAAGGGGAACCAGGCCGUGGUUCAGAUUCUGUUAAAGGCCAAUGCCAAGGUCAAACCCAAGCUCAAGGCUAAGGAACAGCUGAGCCCACUCAGCCACGCAAUUAAGCACCUUGAUAUUUUGAAGCUCCUCCUCGAUCACAAGGCUGACCCGAGCCGAAACCCUCCGGGGAAACUUACGCCCUUGAUGCUCGGCCUCUGUCACCUUGCCAAGGAGCACCGAACCAAGUUUGUCAAGAUCCUGCUUGCAUACGGAGUGGAUGUCAACGUUCAACUUCAAAGAUCCGACAUUGAUCCGUACACAGGCUGGACAGCUCUGGCAUUCGCGGUUGAUGCUGGUCUCACAGAAGAAGUUAGACUUCUUGGCGAUGCAGGAGCCCAGGUUGGCCUCAGAUUGCACAAUGGGCGCUCUCUUGUGCAUCUCGCCUUGAACAAAGACUCACUGAGUGCACUGCUCGAGUUCAGACCUGAUAUCAACGUGCAAGAUAACGAGGGCAACACUCCUUUGCAUUGUCUGAGUGAGGAGAUGCGGACUCAGUCUGAGAAUGUCAAAUUGCUAGUCCGCGCGGGCGCAUCGUUGAACAUCCAGAAUAAUCAGGGCGUCACUCCAUUGUCAGUUGCGCUGAAUCUAGGGAUGGAUGAGACUGCAAAGAUUUUCCUGAGGUCUGGUCGCGCAGAUGUUAAUAUACUGUCUCCAAUCAUUGGAGGUCCGUUACAUGUUGCUGCUCGACGAAAGGCAUUUGAUAUUAUGAGGUGUUUAGUCGAGGCCGGCGCCGAUAUCAACUCAUGUGUGCGAGGUAACGCCGGAUCACCCCUGCAAUCGGCAGUCAUGUCUUCGGGACUAAGCCAGCAGUUAGUUCAUGAGACAGUGAUUUACUUGCUUGAUAAGGGUGCUGAUGUUCGCAAGACGGGUGGAAAUUUUGGGACGGCGCUUGCUGUGGCUGCUUGGCAGGGAUCCUCACCAACACUACUGGAAAUUCUUCUUGGCCGCGGUGCAGGACCUAAUGUCCCUGAUCAGAUGGGCAGGCAACCCAUACAUUUUGCUGCUUUGAGCGGCCGGCUUGACUUCAUGGAGAUCUUACUCUCCGCCGGAGCUGAUGCCACAUUGCAUGACAACGCCGGUCGAACAAUAGUGCACUGGGCUGCUCAAGGUGGUCAGGUUGAUGUCCUCGAGAGGGCCCUAGAAAUCCUGGGAAGCCAAGCAGUUGGUGACACCGACUCUGAUGGCUGGACGCCGCUUUGCUGGGCCGCCAGGUGUUGGGGAACCUACCAGACCCGACAGGAGCCGACUUCUCAGGCCGAAAUUGUUCAAUUCCUGCUGGAAAAUGGUGCAGAUGUACGCAAAGGGUGCAAAUUCGCAAUCGGAGACCGAAAGGGCUCCGUCAUGGAAAUUUCACGGUACUAUGGUGCGCCAGAUUCAGUUCAGGAUCUUUUGAACAUUGCAAGCAGUGUUCGGGCCAGAAGUAGACCUGUUUCUCCAGAGAGAGUUAGUCGGACGAGCAUUAUCAAUACCGAGGGAGACCAAGCACGACUUGUCGGACAAAAUCUGGAAAUACACAAUGAGCAGACGACCUCUCUUCAUGCUUCUGAAGGUGGACGCCAACCCAAUGUAUUGCGCUUAAAAGAGAAUCCUGGAGCCUACUGCGACUACUGCCUAUGCGACAUAGCGGGCUUUGUCUACAGCUGUACCGAGUGUAUAAACUUUGCGCUUUGCACAAAGUGUUAUAAUACACGGAAGAGGGUUCACAUCCCAGAACAUCCUUUCCACAAGAGCAUGCAUGAAUUUGGGACUGGGUCAGAGAGCAGUAGUGACACCAGCAGUAGUUAUGCGGAUAGCGAAUCUAGUGAUUCAUCAUCUUUAUCGGAUGUGGUCAACGACUAUGUAGACGAAACCGAAAGACUACAUAACCUUGACUUGUCCAGUGACAGCGGGUCCGGAUACAUUUAGUAUCUGUUUUGUUGUUGUUGGAAGUCUAAUGGUUGCACAAGUAUACGAACUUUUCCUUUUCUAUACCUUUCUGGUACAAUCACAACAGUAUUGACAAUGAUAUCAGCGCUAUUAAAAGACCUUUCUACGUUUCCUUUUCUUUAUUUUUUGAUAUCUCCCCUCUAUGACUUUGCUUUUGGCGUCAUGAAAGCGGCUUGACUGUGUUUUUCUAUAGUUUCUGAGUCUGGGAUUCAAAUAUACAGUCAAAGUCCUAUGGAGAGCCUUUUAGCAUCCUAUAUCAAAACAUAGCUUAGGUUUCUGUCUUUCCUCAUGACAUAAAUGGAGUUUCUUAUGAUUUUUGAUCUAUACCCCCCGAUUCUCCAAGUAUAAUUCUCAGUCUAUGGAAGCAUAAGACAUGAACAUCCUGGACACCCGUAAGGUACCUAGAUACCAAAAAACUGCGGUCAGUAUUACAA